AUGAAAGUUCAUUGUUUAAGUCAAUCAGCUCAAUCACCAUGUUUUCUAUUAGAAUAUAAAAAUGUUAAAAUACUAUUAGAUUGUGCAUUAGAAAUUUCAUCAAUACUUCAUUUCUUACCAAAGAAUUUAAAUUAUAAUAAUAAUAAUAAUAAUAAUAAUAAUAAUAAUAAUAAUAAUAAUAAUAAUAAUAAUAAUAAUAAUAAUAAUAAUUCAUAUUCAUUUAAAGAAAAAGAUAAAGAAUUGAAUCAAUUUUUUAAAAAUAUAAAUGGAACAUUAUAUAUUGAUAAUGGAUGUAGUAACAUAAAAUAUAAUUGUCCUCAAUUUGAAAUGAUUGAUGAUUUUUCAACAAUUGAUAUGAUUUUAAUUUCAAAUUAUACAAAUAUCUAUGCAUUACCAUUUAUCACUGAAUAUACAAAUUUUCAAGGUAAAAUUUAUGCAACUGAACCAACUGUUCAAAUUGGAAAAUUAUUACUUGAAGAAUUAGUACAAAUGGAUAAACAAUAUAGUAAUAGUAGUAUAAAUAAUAAUAAUAAUAAUAAUAACUUAUCAGAUUGUUGGCAAAAUAUUGAAAUAUUAGAGAAAUUAAAUGUACAUAAUGUUGGUAUGGAGAAUGAGAAUUUAUAUAGGGAUAGUUAUAGAUGGAAGGAUUUAUAUAAAAAGAUUGAUAUAGAGAAAUCAUUUGAAAAGAUACAAUCGAUUCGAUUCAAUGAAAGUAUUAAACACUAUGGAUUUGAGUGUAUUCCAAGUAGUAGUGGCUAUGGGUUAGGAUCGGCAAAUUGGGUCAUUGAGAGUAAAGGCUUUGAAAGGGUGGUCUAUAUAUCGGAUUCGUCUUUAUCAUUAUCACGUUAUCCAACACCAUUUCAAUUAUCACCAAUUGAUAAUCCAGAUGUAUUAAUUCUAAGUAAAAUCAAUCAUUAUCCAAACAAUCCACCCGACCAAAUGUUGAGUGAACUUUGCAGUAACAUAGGCUCUACGUUACAACAAGGUGGUACAGUUUUAAUACCCUCCUAUUCAUGUGGUAUCAUAUUGGAUUUGUUUGAACAUUUAGCAGACUAUUUGAAUAAAGUCGGUCUGCCUUAUGUUCCGAUUUAUUUCGUUUCAUCCGUUAGUAAAGCCGUGUUAUCCUAUGCCGAUAUCUAUUCAGAGUGGUUAAAUAAAUCGAAGCAAGAGAGAGCUUUCAUGCCUGAAACACCUUUCCUCCAUCAAGAUCUAAUGAGAAAAGGCCAAUUUCAAGCCUAUCAACAUGUACAUUCAAAUUUUCAAGCAAAUGAUCCUUGUAUCAUUUUCACUGGUCAUCCAAGUUGUAGAAUUGGUGAUAUCACAACUCUAAUUAAACUCUACGAUAAUCCAAAGAAUUCAAUACUCUUAAUUGAACCUGAUUUCGAUUUCAAAUCAACCGUCUUACCUUUCUCUAAACAAAUAUCAAGAAUUCAAUUCUUACCAAUUGAUCCUCGUAUAAAUUUUAAUGAAGCAAAUUUAUUAAUUUCAAAAUUAUCUCCAAAACAUUUAAUAAUACCUAGAAUUUAUAAAAAUUAUGUAAAAAAUAAACAUUCAAAUGGUAAUUUUGGUAUAGUCACAACAAUAUUACCAUUAGAUACAAUUAAAAUUCAAAAUAAUCAAAAUUUUGAAUCUGGUUUUAUUGAUAAAGAAUUAGCUCAAACCAUUCAAACAAAAGUUUUAGAUAAAUCAUCACAAUUAAAAAAUAAUACAACUACUACAACUACAACUACAAUAAAUAAUCAACAACCAAUUCAUGUAGCAGAGAUAUCAGGUGUUUUAUCAAUGAGUGAUCAUGAAUUAAUAAUAUCACCACCAAAUAUUUCUGAUAGUAAUAAAAUCAUUCAUAUCAAAGAAAAGUUUAUUUGGGGUACACUUUCAAUUGAAAAUAUUAUAAAGGCUAUAAAUUCAACAAAACAAUUUAAAAAUAAUGGUGAUUCUAUUGAAUAUUUCGAAAUAAAUGAAAACUAUUAUUUAAUUAAAAUUUCAAGUAAAAACAAAACAAACAACAACAAUAAUAGUGACCAAGUUACAAAUAUUCACUUAUCACCACAAAAUGUAAAUAUUGAAACAAGUUGUGAAACUACAAGAAGAUUAAUUUCUGAUAUAGUUUUAUUAAAUUGUAAUGGUUUUUAUGUUUAA